CCUCCUUUCUGGCGGGGCUGCAGGAGUACAGUGCCCAACAUGCCCACCCGAGCGCAGGCCCAUCGGUUACUGCUGCUACCGCUGCCGCUGCUGUUGCUCACCCUGCCAGCCACAGGCUCAGACCCUGUACUCUGCUUCACCCAGUAUGAAGAAUCCACGGGCAAGUGCAAGGGCCUCCUUGGGGGAGGUGUCAGCACGGAAGACUGCUGUCUCAAUGCUGACUACGCCUUCCAGGAGCUCGGCAGCAAGCUCUGUAUGGCGUGCAGGCUCCCACAAUGGUCACCGUGGUCCGAGUGGGCCCCCUGCUCAGUGACCUGCACGGAGGGCUCCCAGCUGCGGCACCGGCGCUGCAUAGGCUGGGGCGGGCAAUGCCCCCAGAAGGUGGAGCCUGGGACCCUCCAGUGGCAGCUGCAGGCGUGUGAGGACAAGCCGUGCUGUCCUGAGAUGGGCAGUUGGUCCGACUGGGGGCCCUGGGCAUCUUGCUCUGUCACCUGCUCUAAAGGGACCCGGAUUCGUCGUCGAGCAUGUGAUCGCCCCACCCCCAAGUGUGGGGGCCACUGCCCAGGAGAGGCACAGGAGUCAGAGGCCUGUGACACCGAGCAGGUCUGCCCCACACACGGGGCCUGGGCUGCUUGGGGCCCCUGGGGCCCCUGCUCAGGCACCUGCCACAAUGGACCCAAGGCAUCUGAGGAGAGACGAAGCCGCACAUGCUCUGCACCUGAGCCCUCCACGCAGCCUCCUGGGAAUCCCUGCCCAGGGUCAUCCUCUGAGCAGCGGGCCUGCACCGGCCUGCCACCCUGCCCAGUGGCUGGUGGCUGGGGGCCAUGGGGUGCUGUGAGCCCCUGCCCUGUGACCUGCGGCCUGGGUCAGACCCAGGAACGACGGACAUGUGAUCACCCUGUGCCCCAGCACGGGGGCCCCUUCUGUGUCGGUGAUGCCACCCGGACCCACAUCUGCAACACGGCCGUGCACUGCCCUGUGAACGGAGAGUGGGAGCUCUGGGGGGAGUGGAGCACCUGCAUCCGCCGGAGCAUAAAACACAUCAGCUGCCAGGAGAUCCCAGGCCAGCAGACCCGCUCCAGGCUCUGCAAGGGCCGCAAGUUUAAUGGACAGCGAUGUAGCGGGGAACAACAGGAUAUCCGGCACUGCUACAACAUCCAGCGCUGCCUCUGGAAAGGCUCCUGGUCGGAGUGGAGUACCUGGGGGCUGUGCAUGCCUCCGUGUGGACCCAACCCCAACCGCACCCGCCAGCGCCUCUGCAAGGCCACGCUCCCCGAAUUCUCGCCCACCGUUACCACGGUCGAAGGUCAGGGUGAGAAGAAUGUGACCUUCUGGGGGAAACCGUCGGCAUUGUGUGAUGUGCUGCAAGGGCAGAAGGUGGUGGUGGAGGAGAAACGGCCAUGUCUACACGUGCCUCCCUGCAAAGAACCCUGAGGAUGAGAAGCUCUAACAUCUCUCUCUUCCACUCUGACCCCCUGACCUCUCAGACUUCAAUAAACCAGCCUCUUCCCCAGGAGUGGGGCCAUGGCAUCUUCUAGGCCAAAGAGCGCAGCACAGGCAAAGUCGCAGUGGC